ACGUCCCACAUUUCUCUCUGCACCCCCCGCCAAAAACUAUCUCUCUCCUCCAUUACUCCACCUCACUUCAGAGAGUGAGAAGAAGAGAUCACGAUGGCUACGACGUCGUUUCACACCACACUCCUUUUGAAUCGAGUUAGCCCGAGCUCACUCAGUUCAACUCGUCGGAGAACUGUACUCUCCCCGUCUGUUUGCAGUUCAAUUCCGGGUAAAAAUGGUCCGAUUCGACUCAGGGCGGGUUUUGGGUCACCGAGUUCUAAGACACGGAGAUGGGCUGUGGUUGGGGACGCAGGAGAGAGUUUGGAGACUGGUUCUGGGGUUGUUGUAGAUAAUGUUGAUGAUGCUACUAUAGAUAAUGAUAAUGAGGAUGAACAAUCUCCCGUUGAUUCUUUGGAUGAAAACGAGGUUGUACAGACAAUCCCAAAGCUUCCGGAACGUGAUUAUGCUGGAACGCCUUAUGUCCCUAUUUAUGUGAUGUUACCAUUAAAUACCAUUGAUAUGAACUGUGAGCUGGUGGAUCCACAAAACCUCACAGAGCAACUCAAAGUCUUGAAGUUGAAUAAUGUUGAUGGUGUUAUGGUUGAUUGUUGGUGGGGCAUAGUCGAAGCAGUUGGACCGCAGAAAUAUAAUUGGAGUGGUUACAGGGAACUAUUUCAAGUCGUACGUGACAUUGGACUUAAAUUGCAGGUUGUUAUGUCUUUCCAUGCAUGUGGAGGCAAUGUUGGGGAUGAUGUGCAUAUUCCCCUCCCACAUUGGAUCACAGAAAUUGGUGAAACUAAUCCUGAUAUAUAUUUCACGGAUCAAGAAGGUAGGCGCAAUACUGAAAGCCUCUCUUGGGGAAUAGACAAAGAGCGUGUUUUAAGAGGCCGUACGGCAGUUGAGGUUUAUUUUGAUUAUAUGCGAAGCUUCCGUGUGGAAUUCAACGAUUUUUUCGAAGGUGGAACCAUAUCUGAGAUUGAGGUUGGGCUAGGUGCAUGUGGGGAGCUACGUUAUCCAUCUUAUCCUGCAAAUCAUGGUUGGAAGUAUCCAGGCAUUGGUGAAUUUCAGUGCUACGAUAAGUAUCUAAUGAAGAGUUUGGAGAAGGCAGCUGAAGUGAGGGGACAUUUAUCUUGGGGCAGAGCACCUGACAAUACAGGUUCUUAUAAUUCUUGGCCACACAAGACAGGUUUUUUUCGUGAUGGUGGUGACUAUGACAGCUAUUAUGGCAGAUUUUUCCUGAAUUGGUAUUCAAAGGUUCUGAUUGAUCAUGGAGAUCGCGUACUUUCCCUGGCCAACCUAGCCUUUGAAGGCUUCCCCAUUGCUGCAAAGCUGUCAGGUAUUCAUUGGUGGUACAAGACAGCCAGUCAUGCUGCUGAGCUGACUGCUGGGUUCUACAAUUCUUCUAAUCGUGAUGGCUAUGCUCCGAUUGCAACAAUGUUCAAGAAACAUGAAGCUGCUUUGAACUUUACGUGUGUGGAAUUACGCACAAUGGACCAGCAUGAGGUGUACCCAGAGGCACUAGCAGAUCCCGAGGGGUUGGUUUGGCAGGUCCUGAAUGCUGCAUGGGAUGUUUGCAUACCAGUAGCUAGUGAGAAUGCUCUUGUUUGUUAUGACAGAGAAGGCUAUAACAAAAUACUAGCAAAUGCUAAGCCUCACGAUGAUCCUGACGGGAAGCAUCUAUCAGCUUUCACUUAUCUCAGGCUUAAUCCUGAUUUAAUGGAAGAGUCCAAUUUCGCAGAGUUUGUAAGAUUUGUUAAAAGAAUGCAUGGUGAAUCAGUCCCAGAUCUUGAAUGCGGAUCGGAAACACCGUUGCCUGAAAGUCAGGAGCCGGAACCUGAAACCAAUUCUGGAGGUGAUUAAAAGGCUACUACAAAAUACUUGGUAGUAAAUAAAUCCCUGGUGUUAUAUAGUUACACUAGUUGUUUAUCCUAAGCCUUUAUACUUCACAUUCCAUUUGAAGUAUAGUGUAGUACGUACUAAUAUCCAAACUUGUAUAUUGAUUUGUCACACACACAGGUAACAGUUUUGUAGAUUGAAAUCCUUCUUUAUAGGACACAUUCUUAUCCAAGUAAAACAAAAGUCCAAUUUAUGCCA